CUCCAUUAUAAAGUUGUUUUUGACGACAACGCAAACGUGUUAGUUUGUCAUUUCACGAGGUUGGAGUAAAACCACGUCCAUCUACUUAGACAGGUUGUGCCAUUAGAUUUCAAGACAAUUAACAACUAAGGAAGAUUUUUUUUAAUUCUCUCAUUGACUUCUCAAACCCCAAAAUCAAGCCUGGUCUGCUUCGCAAAAGUUCCCGGAAGUCAUAGGAUGUUACGCCUCUGGGUUUAGAAAAUCUGUGACCAGAAUCUCUGUUGCGCCUCACGUGGGGUGACCCUAAUGACCCUCUGGCUACAUUCGUUGUGGGAAAUCUGUCCCGGCAAGCUACCCAAAUUAUUUAUUGAGUUAAAUGCUAGCACAGUGUAAUUGAAAUUUGCAAUCAUCUUUCGAUGAAAUGAUGUCAGCGAACGGACUGUCGACCAGAAUUCAGCAGUUUUUGGAUCCCCACGCGCUGGCACAUACUCCGAGCCCUUUCCACCGCCUCGGCCAGCAGAUGCAGGACAUCUUGGGCGAUGGAGGGAUCCUGAAGGAAGUGGUCCAACCUGGAGAAGGCCCACCAGUGCCAAGAGAUUCAUCUGUAUCAAUCCAUUUCUCUGGAUUUUUGGAGUACUCUGACCGACCAUUUGAGACCACCAGCCAUCUGAAGUACCCUCGAAUGAUGAAGCUUGGAAGAGACGUGACUCUGUGUGGCCUUGAGCUUGGUAUUCUGACCAUGAGGAAGGGAGAGUUCUCUCGUUUUCUCUUCCUGCCUGAGUACGCCUAUGGAGCGAUGGGCUGCCCUCCACUCAUUCCUCCUGUAGCCACUGUGCUCUACGAGGUGCAGGUCCUCGACUUCCUCGACUCGGCCGAAGUGGAUGAGUUCUUCGCAAUGAGUCCGGAGGAGCAGAACACGGCUCCUCUGUCCAUGCUCCUCAACGUGGUCGACACAGAGCGCAGCUUUGGCAACCGCUGCUUCAACCACAGUCGCUUCGAGGACGCCAAAGAUCGCUACAAGCAGGCGGUCACUCUGCUGGGGAAUCGGAAGGCGGAGGAUGAGGAGGAGAAGAGGAGCAUUGUGGCGGGGCAGCUGCCCAUCUACCUCAACCUGUCGUUGACCCAGCUCCGCCUGGACAGGCCCCUGAAAGCCCUGGAGUAUGGCCACAAGGCCCUGAAGAUCGACCCCAACAACACCAAGGCCCUGUUCCGCUGUGGUCAGAUGUUUCAACCAGAGGGUUUUCCUCAGGCCUAUUUGGAGUUGUUUGACUUUGAGAAAGCCCAGGAUUACCUCACGAUGGCUCAGGCCAACAAACCUUUUGACGUCGACAUCAACAAUCUCCUGAGGAAGCUUGCCAUACACUACAAGGACUCUUUGGACAAAGAGAAAGAGCUGUGCUCCAAGAUGUUUGCUGACUUUGUGAAGAAGUGAAGGUGAUGGUGUAUGUGGAACUUAAAGUCAACACCAAAGACUCUCACAAGCCUCACUACAAUAUGUAGAUAUAUUCACUUUGAUUUCAAGUUUUUUUGUUCAUAAUGUACCAAAAUGUAGAAAGCUAUUCUGUACACCAAAUCCAACUGCAGUUGGACACAGAGUGAAAUUAUAGAGUGAAAAAAUGUAUUUUUGUGUUCAUCUUCCAUUAUUUUCAGGGGCCAUGGUUGUUUAUUGAGAUAUAUUCAAGAAGUAAAGCCUCUUUCCAAAACA